AUGCCGAAGAAGGGAGUAGUCGUCUCUGGUCCAGUUGAAAGUAAUGAUGAUGAUGAUGAUGAUGAUGAUGAGGAGGAGGAGGAGGAGGAGGAGGAGGAGGAGGAUGGUGAUGAUGAGGAGGAGGAUGGUGAUGAUGAGGAGGAGGAUGAUGAGGAGGAUGAUGAUGAUGAUGUCGUGGGGAUGGUUGAGACGUCGGCAUGCUCUUCGUCUCGUACCCAUCCCCUACUUAGCAGCAAGCUGCGCGCCAGUAGGGUCUGGAACAUUAUCUUCCCGACAGCCGCCCGACAGUCACACAGAUGCCGAUACCCCAUACAAAAAGAUCUCACCUAA